GUUGGUUUUGUUGGUUAUUGCAUUUGGGAUACACGAGUCGGGUCUAAUCCGAGCUAGAUUUUCGGAUCCAAGUUGGUACCCGUUUCACACCUUCAUCGUCUUCUUCAGUCAUCACUCAUCAGCACAAACAUUAGAUUGCAUCUCACUCUCUCUACUCUCUCUCUCUAAAAAAAUGGCGCGUUUAAUUUCACAAACCUUACUCCACACCGGGAGAUUCCUUCUCCGCCGCUUCUCGGAACCGCCUCCGGCGGUGAUCGUGGCUGUGGCUCCAAGUCGGGUCUGCUUGCAGCGAUACUAUUCGUCGAAAUCUCUAUCCUUCGUGUCUCCACUUGGUUCAUCCUGUUCCUCUUUAUUCAAUCCUCCAGCAUUACGUACCUCAGCUUUCUCAACCUCGGCAACAACUACUACAACUGUCGAAGUUCAAUCUACAGAGCAUGAAAUUGUAAUUGCUUUGGGAAGUAAUAUUGGAAACCGGAUGCAAAAUUUCAGAGAGGCUUUGCGCUUGAUGAAGCGUAGUGGCAUUUGCUUAACAAGGCAUAGUUGUUUGUACGAAACGGCUCCUGUUCAUGUGACUGACCAACCUAGGUUUCUCAAUGCUGCAGUGAGAGGUGUCACCAAGCUUGGACCUCAUGAGCUAUUGAGUGUUCUCAAGACAAUUGAGAGAGACAUGGGACGUGAGGAUGGUAUACGGUAUGGACCAAGACCACUUGACUUGGAUAUUUUGUUUUAUGGGAAGCUGAGAAUAUGUUCUGAUAAGCUAAUCAUACCCCAUGAGAGACUCUGGGAAAGGUCAUUUGUAAUGGCACCUUUGGUUGAUUUACUUGGAUCAGCUGUUGACAAUGAUACUGUUGCUCAUUGGCAUUCACUCGCGAUACAUCCCGGUGGAAUUUUCCAAGCGUGGGAGAGACUUGGUGGCGAAUCACUGAUUGGAAAAGAUGGUAUACAAAGGGUUUUCCCAAUAGGGGAUCAACUUUGGGAUUUUUCAAACAAGACUCAUGUAAUGGGUAUAAUUAAUAUUACCCCUGACAGUUUUAGUGAUGGAGGACGCUUUCAGUCGGUAGAUUCUGCAGUUUCUCAGGUUCGCUCUAUGGUUUCCGAGGGUGCAGAUAUAAUUGAUAUUGGAGCACAAUCCACACGACCAAUGGCUUCAAGAAUUUCUAGUCAAGAAGAGAUAGAUAGACUACUGCCAGUUUUAGAAGCUGUUCGUGGUAUGCCAGAGAUGGAGGGAAAGCUCAUAUCCGUGGACACUUUCAACUCUGAGGUUGCUUCAGAAGCAAUAAGCAAUGGAGCUGACAUUCUAAAUGAUGUAUCUGCGGGAACUUUAGACCCAAAUAUGCACAAGGUUGUGGCAGACUCUGGGGUUCCUUAUAUGGCCAUGCACAUGAGAGGAGAUCCAUGUACUAUGCAGAACAAAGAGAAUUUGCAAUACGGUGAUGUCUGCAAGGAUGUUGCUUCUGAACUCUACUUGAGAGUAAGAGAUGCAGAACUCUCUGGGAUUCCAGCUUGGAGGGUUAUGAUCGAUCCAGGGGUUGGGUUUUCCAAGAGUGUCGAUCAUAAUCUUGAUAUUAUUAUGAAUCUGCCAAAAAUCCGAGAAGAGAUGGCUAAGAGAAGUACAGCAGUGUCUCAUGCGCCUAUACUCAUAGGACCCUCAAGGAAGAGAUUUUUGGGAGAUAUAUGUGGGCGUCCUGAGGCCACUGACAGAGAUGCUGCAACUGUUGCUUCGGUUACUGCAGGAAUUUUAGGAGGUGCCAAUAUCAUUAGAGUUCAUAAUGUUAGACAGAAUGCAGAUGCAGCAAAAGUAUGCGAUGCAAUGCUGAGAAGAAGAAGAUCAAAAGGAUGAUUGACGGAUACAUAAUCAUAAAGCCUAAUCUAUGGAUCUGUUGCAGAUUGAUAUAGCAGUUUUGCUAGAUAAGAACAACAUGCCGAGUGAGGCAAUGUUUCUGCUGAUGUAGAAUAAAGCAAGAUCUUGGAUAUGAUAGGUGAUUGAUGAAACAAGCUAGGUAAAUCGCAUACAGACACGACUUCCAAUGUAUUAUCUCUUUCCAAAACACCGACAACUUGUAGAUGAGCAAUGGCAUAUUCAAUUUUCGUUCUUUGUCUUCUAGAGAUUCUACCUAGAAUAUGGCUCUGGAAGUCAACCUAAAUCUCCCUCUAGACGACUCAUCUGAACCUGGAGGCAAAGAACACUAAAGUUAUUUACUGUUGCCACAGGUAAAGACUCUGUUUCUAUCAACGGAAAAUCACACUGUCACUAUUUUACAUGGCUAUACAGUUGCGUAAUGAUGGAUCAUAAUUAAGACGAAGACAGGCCUGAUUGUGGCACUUCCCUUAAAAAAAUGUUUUUUUACUCAUUUUCUAGCA